AGCUGACCCUGGGGGGGGAGCCCGGCCAUGGCUUUCCUGGGGGGAGCCCGGCUCCUGGACUGGGCCAGCUCCCCCCCUCAUUUGCAAUUCAACCGCUUCGUGCUAACGGGCUACCGGCCGAUCAGCUCCGGGUCCGGCUGUCUCCGCAGCCUCUUCUACUUGCACAACGAGCUGGGCAACAUCUAUACCCACGGUAUCCCUCUGCUGGGGUUUCUCUUCGUGCUGCCACUGACCAUUCCAUGGGCUCGACUUUCAGAAUCAUGGCUGGGAGUCGUGCACUAUUUGGCUUGCAUUUUUCCACAGCUGGGCAGCGUGCUUUACCAUCUCUUCAUGAAUCAUGAGGGAGGCCCUGCUGUUUACCAUACCUUGCUCACCCUUGAUAUGUGUGGGGUAUGCAUGGUCAACACUCUGGGUGCUCUUCCAAUCAUCUACUGCACGCUGGCCUGCUCCCCACUUCUUCGUUCUAUUGCCCUGCUGGCCUACACAGGCUUGUCAAGCUAUGGUAUCUUUUGUGCAGUGACUGCUCGCUCCAGUGUCCGGCGCUUACGAGCCUUUGCCUGGCAGGCUCUGUUCCGCUUCUUCUUCUUCUAUUUGCGGUGGGUGGGAUUAGGCAAUGGCCAUCCCAAAUCUCUGCGUUCAUACCUCAUUAUGGACGGUCUGGCCUUUCUUGGGGGCGUCAUCAACAUCUCGCGAGUGCCUGAGCGCUGGAAGCCAGGCUGUUUUGACUAUUGGUUCAACAGCCAUCAGAUUAUGCACGUACUGGUGGUGGUCAGUAUACUCUAUCUUCACUGGGGAGUGGUGGCUGAUCUUCAUUGGAUUGCCAACUAUGCCUGUCCAAAGGAAUGACCACAUCAUGUUUCGAUUCACCCCUUCCACAGAAAAUCUGCUGACUGAGAAGUGGGUGAUUU